AUGUCGGCUUUCGAAGAACUAGGCCUGCACGGCAACUUGUGCGAACUGCUAGAAAAAAACGGCAUAGAUUUACCAACCGCUAUUCAGCAGGAGUCCAUCCCGCUCAUUUUAGGGGGGGGAGAUGUAUGCGCAUCAGCUGAAACGGGGACAGGAAAAACGUUAAGUUUCAUUGUCUCCUCUUUGCAAAUAGUGCACGAAUUGUUUAGGAAUAUAGGAACGUACGAAUCGAGCAAUUCUAGCGUAGCUCUAUGUGGCAGUACCAAGAGAGACAACGAUAAUGGUGAAAUUGCCAGUGAAGUGAAAAAAGGAGGUCUACUCCUAAAAGUUGUAAGCGGCAAUAAUUCGAGAGUCACUCUGAACAAUGCACUUGGAGAAUGCACAUGCAAUGGUGAGUACUCUAGCUCGUUCGAAGAAGUCAAAGUGGGCUGCGAAAUAAGGAGUGGAAUGUACGCCUACGAAAUUGAAGUGCUAGGAAGGUGCUUCCUAAACGUUGGAUUUUGUCCCGCAGUAAAGGAAACGCUAAAAUAUAACUACACCUACUGCAGUAAUGGGAGCAAGUACACAAAUGGAAGGGAAGAAAAUUAUGGGGACGCCUUCUCAACCAUUGAUAUAAUAACUUGCUUGAUAAAUAAAAACACGAACGUAAUUGCUUUUAAAAAAAAUGGGAAAUUUUUGGGAAAUGCUUUUAAAAUAUUUUACAAGUAUAAUGAUCUGCCUUUUUUCCCCUAUAUAUGUGGGAAAUACUUUCACGUGAAGUUCCAUUUUGCAAAUUUGAAGUACGCGGAUGCGUCCUACACAGAGUUGAAUGAAAUUAUGUGCUCAGGUCAGGAAGACAACUCCAGCACGAGGAAGGUAUACUACGGUGGAGAUCCCGGGGCGGAUAAAACCGCGUCGAAGUUCGAGAACAAGCAGAUGCAGAGCAGUGGACCCCCUGCUGGUAAGGGCGCUUUGGCAAGCGGCAAGGUGGACGCAGCGAAUAGGACGAAGUUGUACUGCAUCGUUCUCUGCCCUACUAGAGACCUAGCCAUGCAGACGUACAACAAUUACCUAAUUUAUGCGGAGAGUUUCAGCAGCUCGUCCAUAAACAUCGGGCUGCUAGUAGGAGGGGAACAACCUAACAGGGACAAACGAAAUCAGCAGCAGUAUAGCAACAUUCUUGUGUGCACUUGUUUCAAACUUAUGGAAUGUAUAAAGAAAAACACAAUAUGUUUGAACGAUGUAAGAUUGCUAAUUUUGGACGAAGCGGACGAACUUAUCAAUAAUGAUGAGAAGUCCAUUUUGCAAAUUAAGGACAUAAGUAUGAAGCAUAGUCAGCAUGUACAGACAUGCUUCUACUCAGCCACGUUACAAGACCAAAAUGUAAAGGAUUGCAUUAACAAAAUUACGAACAAACCCAUUUUCGUAGAUUUGAAGUAUGGGAAGAAUAGCAUCCCCUCUCACAUAUAUGUUUGCGUCUACUACGUUAACAAUAAAAAUACAAACAUGUGCUACUCAGAACAAAACAGGAAGGAAAAAAUGUAUGAUGACAUAAUUUACAACGAAAAGCUACACGCAAUGAGCUACGAAAUGGUUUAUGAAUAUACAGACAAAGUACACUUACUCAAUUGCGCAAAAAAUGAAAAGGAAAAAAUUUCCCUGGAUAUUAAAAUUAACAAAUUGAAAAAAUUAAUUCACAUAAUUAAUGUUUUUAACAUGCAAAAUGGAAUAAUUUUCUGUCGAACAAAUUUAGACUGCGAUAAUGUAUACAAUUUUUUAAACCACCUUGGAGAUGGAAAAGCAUACAAAGGUACAAUCGAAACGAUGAAGGAAAAUAAAUACUCCUGUGUUAUUUUGAAAGGGAAAAUGUCCAACAUGGAAAGGAAGAAUAAUCUUGAUGCUUUUAAAAAAGGAGAAGUGCGCUUUUUAAUAUGUACGGAUGUUGCUGCCAGGGGUAUUGAUAUUCAGAAUUUAAGAUACUUAAUCAUUAUGACUCUUUCUGAUAAUAUAAAUUCAUUUUUUCACAAAAUUGGGAGAGUAGGAAGAGAUGGAAAAAACAGCUUAUGUAUUGUUUUAAGUGCAGAAUCUCAGGAAGAGAAAGUGUGGUUUCAUACUUGUCCUAGUAGGGGCGUUAACUGCUACAACAGAAAUUUGAAAGACAACAAAGGAUGCACAGUAUACAUUAAAGAAGCUGACUAUAUUCAGACCAUCAACAACAUGCUGGAAACGCCCAUGCAUGUACUUGAUUCUAAGUACUACUAUGCAGAGAAUGUGGUGGACCCCCUUAACUACCUCAAAAAUAACCCCGUUUCGAACAAAAGUCGGAGAAACAAAAGUCAGAGCGGCAACACCAUUUUCUCGGAGCCUCUUCACACCGACGUGAUAGGGUGCUUCGGCUCAAGUAUUGAAAAUAUCAAAAAGUUGCAGAGUGACAUCUGUUGCAGGUACUACGAGUCGGCCAAGUUUGCU